AUGAAAGUCAUAGGCUUCUCAGAACAGGAGGGCCCCUGGUUCACACCAUCACCAGAAUCUUACUCUCUCCACAGAAAACCAGCCGAUCUACACAACCUGGCUCCUGGCACACACCCGCCCUUCCUGACCUUCAAUGGGGAUGUGAAGACAGAUGUCAACAAGAUUGAAGAGUUUCUGGAGGAGACGCUGACCCCUGAGAAGUACCCCAAACUGGCUGCAAGACACCGAGAAUCUAACACUGCAGGUAUUGACAUCUUCUCCAAGUUCUCAGCCUACAUCAAAAACACCAAACAGCAGAACAAUGCUGCCCUUGAGAGAGGCUUGACAAAGGCUCUGAGGAAGCUGGAUGACUACCUGAACACCCCUCUGCCAGAGGAGAUUGAUACCAACAUCCGCGGGGAUGAGAAGGGAUCCCAGCGCAAGUUCCUGGAUGGUGAUGAGCUGACCCUGGCUGACUGCAAUCUGCUGCCCAAGCUGCAUGUGGUCAAGAUUGUGGCUAAGAAGUACCGAAACUAUGACAUCCCAGCUGAGAUGACAGGCUUGUGGCGGUACCUCAAGAAUGCCUACGCACGGGAUGAGUUCACUAACACCUGUGCAGCCGACAGCGAGAUCGAGUUGGCCUAUGCAGAUGUCGCCAGGCGCCUCAGCCGAUCCUGAACUUGGCUGUCUGGCCCAAUUUCUGCUGCAGAAGAAUUCGACUUCUCCUAAAGGCUUUCAGCUCUAGAGACUCUUCUUCCCCAUUGCCUUGGAGGAAAACAUCAAAAAAGUUAGGCCACUUCUUCCUGGCACCCCUGAACUCAACUCCAGCCAUCUACCCUCUAAGAUCAGUGCCACCCUUCUGCCUUGCUCUGCAGGAGCCUGGCAAGCAGAGAGGACACGGAAGCAGAUUCUUUCACCUGCUGGUCUGAUCUAGAGUCAGUGUGUCUGGGGUCAGUUUGCAGAGCUCCUGCGGGAUUGUCACUGUUCCCUUCUGCCAAUAUAAUAAUGCUUCUCAGAUGCUCUAACAACGUGAAAUGCCAGCUUCUCCCUGCCUCCUCCUUUAGCAACUUCAAGGUGACUGACAAAUGUCAUUACAUGAUUUUUAGGGAGAGAUAUGUGUCUUGAUUGGAAAGACAGUGGUUAGGGGGGGGGGGACUCAGCUGGGUGUGGCUCUGGAUAUCUAGUAAAACAGUUCCAGCCCCUCACUAUUUCUGACGGUGGGCCAGGUGGAGACACCCACCACACACAAUACACUCCAAUUUCCUGCAGUUCAGGAACUGGUGCAAUAUGAUUACAUCCUGGCCAGCACUUACCCAAGUUUUCCUCCAGUCUCCAUUUUGCCAUAAAGGCAGUUGACUUAUAACUCUAAACUGAGGUGACCCAGAUAGUGAGGGACUUCUGGGAAGCAAUGUUGAUGCCAAAAGGCCCACUAGGGUCUACAGCCACAGGGGUCACUGGCUGAAGAGUAGUCCACUGGAGAUCACAUGAGUGUGUGUGUGUGUGUGUGUGUGUGUGUGUGACUGUGUUCUUCAAUGGGUGGCUUUGGGUUGGAGCAAGAGAUGGAAGAGGAUGGAGAGAGAUGGAAGGAGAUAAAGUUCUAUAUGAGUUUGCUGUAGCCUAGAAAACUUUUAGAGCAGUCUUCUCUCUCGCUGUCUAAAUCUUGGACUGGUGUUAUAGCACACCUACCAACUGUAGAGCCGACUCCAGCAUCAGCCAAACAUGUCUGCCAAGCCUUCCUAGUCACUUGCAGAUGUGGGUUAUCACCUGGCUAUGCUCAGGGUCUCAGUUUCUUCAGCCCUAGCCACUGAGGGAAGAGAAUGUCUAUUAAGAAAUGGUGUGAUCGUGGGCUACCUUAGGAAGAAAGUCCACGGGUCUUUCUGACUGGGAAGCCACAACUUGAGUUUGGAAAGUAUGUCCUGCCUUGGAUUCAUUUUCCCACCAUCAGACUCAUCUAUCAGAUUUUCAAGAAAAAGAAAUCUUAAAAAAAAAAAUUAUAAGCUAAUAUCUCUCUCCUUGGUCAUUCUCCUUGAGUUUUAUCUACAAAGCUCACAGGGCCUGACCAUGGCAACCUAGGCUGAUUAGGAUCUAUGACAAAUUUGUCUGUCAUUAGCUCUUACUCUACCAGUGAGCUAGUGAGUGCCAAAAAAAAAAAAAAAAUCCAUACCCGGGCCUCAACUUCAACAAUCCUGCUUCUGUGUCACUGACAGUGGAGGCAAGGCUUCUCAGGCCUGGAAAGGCCCUGGACUUGGUUCAUUGCUCUGGAGGGUGGAGCGGCACGGGUCCUUUCCUUAGAAAUAUCAACAUGGUCUAACCCAAGCAGUCAUUGAGACCACCUGCCUCUAGGGAUCUCCAAACCAAAGAGCGACCAUUGAUCCAAGGAGGGAGGAAGCAGGAGGUCUCCCUAGCCCACUGGAGGAGAGGACUCUGCCUGCUAGGACAUUUCAUAAACCUGAAAGAGAUUUGAAGAGGCAAAAUGAGUCGAUUCAUUUCCAUCGCAACAGGAACCUUUCCACAGGCUCUCUGUAAGCUGCCCCUGGGGAUGUUUAAAAGUGUAGCACUGUUGAGGGAACAGCCCCUUUUUCUUCAGGGACAAGCCCUGAAUGGGCCUCCUGGGGAAGGAGAACUUCCGGAACCUUCCGGAAGGCUGUUUAAUUAAAAUAAAACCCUGCUGUUCUCAGGCAUCCUCCCUAGAAUUUACAAGCAGGCAGGGUGAACCCAGGCGGCCCACAUCCCUAUUUUCCACAGGUGGGCUGAAGGUAAAGAUAUGAAGACUAGCAUACACACAGAGGGGCUUCAGAGGAAGGGGAAGAAUUCUCCUCAGGUGAUGUUCUGAGCCCAGCAAUCGGCAGGUCUUUAAAAACAAACUUCCCAAGCCAAGUCAAUAUUGUUUCUAGACAGUCCUCCUAUGGUUGAGUUAGUUUCACAUAAGUUAAAAUAUUUAGGCAAUGUUGGAUGCUAUAGGAUCAAGAAGAACCCCUUUAAAGAGAAGCAAGACUGUAGAAGGAAGGCUUUCCUAAGUACUUUAAUGCAGAAGUAACUUUAAUGUUAUCAGAUACUCAUGAAACUGACCAGUGUCUUAGGACAUAAUUAUGGUAUAUAAAAAAAUAUCAGUAAAGUCAAUGAUUAUUACCCAUCCUAACUCCUCCAAGGAUAUUUUUCUCUGGAGGCUCUAGCUUCUCUAGACCUUGGUCUUAACCUCAUCAUGUGUAUGGUUUACCAUCUGCAACCACCCCGUGGUCAGGUUCCAAAUCCCAACUCAGACCAUGUGGAAGGGUUUGCAUUGUGGACUCUACCUGCAGAAAUUCUGGAUAAGAGCUAUUCUGGUAAAUGCUUAGUCCCCCAGGAAGCAUUUGGAUGGCAGAGAAAAGGAAACUAUCUUGAAGGAGCUAUUUUGUAUUCCUCUCUCACCUUGGACUGUCACAUGACGAUCUUGUGUGUGUGAAACAUAAGUGCAAGGCAAGACAGACAGAUAGGGUCCAACUCAGAAUUACUGAGCUGAGUGUACCUAUGUAAAACUGCCCUCUUCUUAGGUUGAUCCAGAGAGAAGACAUUCAUUAAAAUGUUAGUACCUAUCCAAAAUAAGGUAGAAAGUGAACUUUUUGCUUGUUUCAGGAUAUAACUUCAUAGUCUCCUGAAAGAAAGAGAAAUCCCUGGUAAGUUCAGGAUCACAGUCAUGUGUCUAACUCACCUUUUAAAUGAGGGGUCUAGGUAGAUUCCUGGAGCCAAACGAAUCAGUUGCAAAGUAGGAAAUGGUCAGUCAGUUUAUUUAGCCAGUCGAUCCCAAACUAGUUCCAGCUUCCUGGUAGGUGGCCAUGUCCCCACUGGUCCCUUCUGAUGCUAGUGGGAACAGGAAAAAAUCUUUUUUUUUUUCUUCAAAAACAAGAUGCUCCAAAAGUGAGAUCUGGGGCAGAACCUUCUGGUACCCUCUGGAUCCUGUGAGGUGUGGCAACAAUAGUGAUGACAUUGCCUGUGUCUAGACAGGUGGACAUUUUGCAGACAGACAGUCCCAAGCAGUUUAGGACCAUCACAUAAUGAAGAAUGCCUGCCACAGAGAGAUGUUGACUGUUUCAGAGUCCAGAGGACCUGCCAGGCCCAGGUAACUUGUAUUAGGAGGGAAGCCAAGACAGAAGCUAUGUGUCCGUCUAAUAAAAGUUUACCAUCACUAAAAGAGUUUAUAUUUGCCAUCAAAUCCUUUUAGAAGCAGUAGCUGUCUGGUCAGUAGGUACUUCUGGGGUUUCCCUCCAUUCCUCCAUGGUCCAGGAGUCAGCUCAGCUUCAAGAUGAGGCAGGAUACUAACAUGAUCUCGCUUGGAAACAUGAAACACUAACUGGUGGUUGAAACUAAGUUCAGUGAUUCUUAAGGAUUAUCUUUUGAGAUCUACAUGUUUAUAUCAUCCAUAUUCAUAUACAUUAUACCUAUAUACGAUAUUACAAAGAACCUUUAGAAAGGGUGCAGGAAAGAUGUGUGCCUAUGAGGCCCCAGACUCUGGUGUUGGAAGAACAUUUGUGAUCUUGUCAUUGACCUCGGGGCCCUUCUAAAGAUAGGCCAGUGACUUUGUAUCCACUGCUCUUUAUCAUCCAAACUAACAGCUUGUGCCUCAGUUACAAGUGUCUUUGUUUUUCCCUUUAGCAAUAUUUCUUUCCCAGCCUAGUUUCAAGCUACAUUCAUCUCAUUAUUAUGAAUGAGAUACUCAUUAUUAUGAAUGAGUCUAAAUCAAACUGCACAAUCUUAUUUAAUGUUGUUUCAGGAAAUAAAUCUAUUCUCCACUAUCACCAUAUGCACCAGCAAAAGUAAACAAAACAUUUUACCAAUAUAAGGUUUGACUUAAACCAUACUUUCUAUAAAAUCGAUCUGGUGUUUGGCAAAAACAGUUUUGAAGACAUGGUGUUUUUGUAGAUAGCUAGAGAUGUCCCAACAUUGACUGCGAAUAUAUUUAUAGGAGAUAUAAGGCUAACUUGAUUGUAGAGUGUUUGCUUAACAUGAAGCCCUGGGUCAGAUCUCCAGCACUGCAUAAACCAAGCAUGGUAGCAAACACUGGUAAUCCCAGCACAGGAGAGCUGAAGGCAGGAAUAUCAAGGUCAGCAGCAUAGCAAACCGGAGGCCAGUCUGAACUACAUGAGACCCUGCCUCAAAACAAGCAAAAACAAGCAAAAUAUUCAGCUGAUAUUUUACUUUCUCCCCAUCCGAACAGUCACCUAGUUUUUCCAUUUUAUAAGCUUAGGAGUUAACUGUUAGCAAUGCUAAUUCAUUGUACGUAAAGACACUCCAAAUGAGCAACUCACAUUUCUUGAGACCUUUAACUGUGGUGAGAACAGACCUUGCUUUCAAGCCUUACUAAAUGCACCAUGCCUUUGAAUACAUACCAAGUUGAGUGUUUUCUUCCUAUCCUUGAGCCAGCUGUAAAUGCAUUUCCUGGUCUUGAUUGCUAUUGACUGAUUCAAAUAAAGUUGGUUUAUUUUCAAUUACAAAA